AAUUAACUGAAGCCAUGACCUAACAUCACCCACAGUACAGCGAAGGGUGGCUGCUGAGGAGGACACUGGAGAAAAACAGACAUUCAAGCCUUUGCGGUGUCCGCGGUAACUGCAGAACAGAACCAUGGGACGGCCAAUGCUUGCAGUUCUUCUCAUCCUCUUUGCUGUGAUGCUGAUGGACAUUGGGGCCAACAAUUGUGUGUGCAAUGGAAAAUCCAGGUGCCACUGUGCAGGAGUGAAAGGCAGCAGGGGAGAGAAAGGAUUUAAAGGAGUUCAAGGUCUCCCGGGGACAGAGGGCCGUCGUGGAUCAGAUGGCCAACCUGGUCCUUUGGGACCGAAGGGCAGCACUGGGCCUGAUGGACCGGACGGGGCAAAAGGCGAUAAGGGAUACGAGGGCAAAGAAGGCCUUGCUGGGUCUCAUGGCUUACCGGGUAUCCCAGGUUUACAAGGGCCUCCUGGAACCACUGGGAGCACAGGCUGCAACGGCACUGAGGGAGAAGAGGGACCUCCUGGUGUUCCCGGCGUCCAUGGCCAUGAUGGAAGUGCAGGUCCACCUGGUCUCCCCGGACCUAAGGGUGAGUCUUGGGUGUCCACAAAUGUAAUAAUGGCGCCAAAUGGGCCUCCAGGAAGGGAUGGACAGCGGGGAUUUCCAGGUCUUGUUGGAGAGCAUGGACUACCAGGCGACCCUGGACGACGGGGUUCUGUGGGGUUUCCUGGUCCUUCUGGGUCUCCAGGAUCAAAGGGUCAAGAGGGCAUAGGCGGUACCCCAGGGCCUCAGGGACUAAAGGGGAGACAAGGACCACAAGGCCCACCGGGGCCACCGGGUCAGAUUAAGGAAUUUCUCACUAAGAGUCUGUUAUCAAAGGGUGAGAAAGGAAGCAACGGAGACAUAGGAAUAAAAGGAUGCCAUGGUGAACAAGGAGACCCAGGUAAUGGCUAUUACGUCAAAGGAGCAAAGGGAGACAGAGGAGCGCAGGGUCCAGAGGUAAGAUACCUCCUAAUAUUUAUUACGGAGGUCCUCACAUUUAGGCCUCUAUUUUUGAUUGGGGACACGUAUGAAAUACAGUGGUGUCCUAAAACAGGCCAAUCUGGGAUUCCAGGCCCUAGUGGUCCCAAUGGGUUUCCAGGCCCCAAAGGGGACCCUGGGGAGCCUGGGGAUAUUCAUCCAGGACUCCCAGGUCAAGAUGGGGAUCAUGGGGAUCAAGGUCCUCCUGGGGAUCAGGGCCCACCUGGGCCUCCUGAAGACAGAACUAACAGGAUUUCCAAAGGUAAUCCGGGAAUGAAGGGAACAAGAGGUACGCCUGGACCCACGGGAUAUGAUGGACUGCAUGGAAUGAAAGGAAGUAAGGGGGAGCCCUGUUAUGAAUGUGGAUUAGGAUUCCCUGGACCGCCAGGUCCUCAAGGCCCACAGGGCACCCCUGGACAUAAUCAAGGGCCAGGUGCUAAAGGUGAUCCAGGCUACCCAGGAUCUAUUGGCUUACCUGGAAAACCAGGUCCGUUUGGUCCAAUGGGAUAUCCAGGCCCUCCAGGAGAAAAGGGAAACUCGUAUACCUUCCAAAUUGGGGAAAAGGGAGAGGAAGGAGAACCGGGACUGCCUGGCCGACCUGGUGCGGAUGCCCUCCCUGGGUUUCCUGGACUACCUGGUCGCAGGGGGGACCAAGGCCCUCCAGGGGAUUCGUACCCCUUCCCUGGUGAAGAUGGAGACCGGGGUUUCCCAGGGCCACCAGGACCUUCAGGCAGACAAGGACCAGUUGGCUACCCUGGGCCAGUGGGAUAUGGCCUUGCUGGACCUCUGGGAAGUACCGGAGAUGUUGGGGUACCUGGCCUACCAGGGCAUCCUGGGAUUCCAGGCCAGAAAGGCGAACCAAGCUACAUCCAGACUAAAGGAUAUCCCGGACCACCUGGAUUUAAAGGUCUGCCUGGUUUACUUGGAAGCCGAGGUAAUCCCGGAGCACCAGGUAUCCCAGGAAUACCAGGUUUUCAAGGUCAAAAAGGGGUAUCAUUUCCUGGAAAGCCAGGAAUCCCAGGACAGAAAGGGGACAAGGGGCAGCGAGGUCUCCCAGGCCCUACAGUGGUGGGCUUGCCUGGUCGGCCAGGUUCUAAAGGAAUUCCUGGUCCUGCAGGCGUGAAGGGGGAUAGCGGGCCUGGAUACCCGGGCCCCAGAGGAUCCCCUGGGCCUGCAGGAGAAGACGGAGCUCAGGGGCCCGUAGGAGAUCCUGGGAACCCUGGCCUACCUGGGAGCCCAGGAGUACAUGGAAAUCCAGGUUUAUCAGGAGAAAAGGGAAGUAAAGGUUCUGUAGGCCCCCCAGGACUACCCGGUAAUAAAGCUUCAUGUAAUCAGGAUUUACCUGGGCCAAGGGGACCAGAAGGACCAGAUGGGUAUCCAGGACAUCCAGGUCCCAAUGGCCUCCCUGGGGAGAAGGGGAACUCAGGUUUGCCAGGGUUUGGUCGCCCUGGUGUCCCCGGUGAUCCUGGUGUUCUUGGGCAGUCAGUUCCAGGUUCACCUGGGCUCCCUGGACAAAAAGGGAUAAAAGGAAAAAACGGCCUGCCCGGUCCAUCAGGACUGAGAGGAGAACCUGGACCAGAUGGGUUACCAGGAUAUGGACCAGAUGGGUUGCCUGGAAUUGCAGGACCACCAGGCCAAAUAGGUGCCCCAGGACCAGAUGGAGCACUGGGUUCCGUGGGUCCACCAGGUGUGAAUGGUGACCCAGGUAUGACAGGGCCUCCAGGAACCCCGUCUCUGGAUAAGGAUGAGUUCGGGCAACCCGGGGAACCUGGUGAUCCAGGUUCCCCUGGUCUAUCUGGUGCCAAUGGAAAUACUGGCUCGAUUGGACCAAAAGGGCAGAGAGGGUUAGCUGGAGCACCAGGCAGUCCUGGACAAAGAGGUCGCCCAGGUGAUCCAGGUGUUGAUCACCAGGUUGUCUCAGAAGGAAGUCGAGGACCUGCUGGAGCUCCAGGAGACUCAGGAGUCAGAGGGCCUCCAGGCCCAAAGGGAAUAAAAGGAGAUCAAGGACAAUCUGGAGAGUCAGGUCCACGAGGUGCACCAGGUCCAACUGGUAACAAAGGCAUUAAUGGCGAGCCAAAUUAUAAUGGAUGCGGACUGCCUGGACCAGUAGGACAAAAGGGGGAACCAGGAAUGUGCAAUUCUUGUGCGUUGAAGGGUCAGAAAGGAGAUCUAGGUUCUUUUGGACCACCAGGUUUACCAGGACACCAUGGAGCCAAAGGAAACCCAGGGCCUGAUGGACAAAAUGGUCCAGCAGGCUAUGAAGGGCCUAAAGGUUCAGAUGGACCUCCAGGAAACAAAGGACAGCCAGGACCAAAUGGACCUGCAGGUGACCCGGGCCAGCCAGGAGUCGGUGGUUAUCCAGGUUCUAAAGGCAAUCAGGGCUGGGAUGGCAUUCCUGGUCCACCAGGGCAGAAAGGAGAGACUAAUAUUAUAGGAGGGACACCUGGGAGGCGUGGUGACACGGGUCAACAAGGUGAGUCUCAGUUCACAUCUGUGUAUUUCUAUACUGUAGGUGUCCCUGGGAACCCUGGUCCCCCUGGCUUGUCUGUUACAGGAAGUUAUGGACCAAUAGGAGACCAAGGAUUUCCAGGUCAAAAAGGGGCCCGUGGUCCUAAAGGACCACGAGGAAGGGAAUGGGCUUGUGCUCCUGGGUCAAAAGGAGACCAUGGUCAUACUGGCAAUCCUGGUGUCCCAGGCUAUCGGGGCUUACCUGGCCUUCCAGGUCCUACACGGCCGGGGCUAAAGGGAGACAGAGGGGACCCAGGUCUUAUAGGAGCCCAAGGCCAUAGUGGACCCCAAGGCGAUCCAGGCCCUCAAGGACCACUGGGUACAAGAGGCAGACCUGGAGGUCCGGGACCAAUAGGUGAUUUUGGUUCUUCUGGAGGCCAUGGACUCCCUGGUGUCAAGGGUGACCCUGGAUACAUUCCUGGCCCCCCCGGUCAACCUGGGGUAAAAGGUUUUCCUGGACGACCUGGCUUAAAAGGCGUCAAGGGGAUAAAUGAACCAGGACCUCCCGGCGCACCUGGUCCCUUUGGUAACCGUGGAUCCCCAGGGAUUACGGGACCAUCAGGAUCACCAGGCCAACCAGGUCAGCCGGGUGUCAGGGGCAAGCAGGGUUCAAGCCCAGAUGGUCAUCCUGGAUUUACUGGACUCAAAGGAGACAAAGGAAGAGCAGGACCGCCAGGUCCCGAAGGCAGACUUGGAGACCCAGGCCAUAAGGGUAAUCAAGGGUUGCCAGGCAGUGGCGGUGCAGGUUAUGUGGACAGUUUCCUGAUUGCCACACACAGUCAGAGCACCAACGUCCCCGACUGUCCUCGUGGCACCAGCCUCAUCUUCUCUGGUUACUCCUUCCUCUUCAUCAACGGAAACGAGAGAGCUCACGGUCAGGACCUUGGCACCAUGGGAAGCUGUCUCCCCCGUUUCUCCACCAUGCCCUUCCUGUUCUGUGACACGGAGAGUAACUGCCGCUAUGCUUCUCGUAACGACUAUUCCUACUGGUUGUCCACUGACACUCCUAUGCCAACCAACAUGGCUUCCAUUACAGGAGAUACACUGGCCUCCUACAUCAGCAGGUGCUCGGUGUGUGAAACCACCUCCAAUGUCAUAGCCGUCCACAGCCAGACAACUCUGACACCUGAAUGCCCCCGAUACUGGGAGUCACUAUGGACAGGAUACUCCUUUGUCAUGCAAACGGGUGCUGGAGCAGAGGGCUCCUCCCAGCCCCUGGUGUCCCCAGGGUCAUGUCUGGAAAGUUUCCGCCAAGUGCCCUUCAUCGAGUGUCAUGGCAGGGGAACGUGUAACUACUACCCUGACUCCUAUAGCUACUGGCUGGCCUCCCUAGACCCCAAAAGGAUGUUCAGUACUCCUGUUCCUCAAACAGUGAAGGGACCUUCUCUACAAAGUGUCAUCAGUCGUUGUCGGGUCUGCAAGAAACAAUGACAACCAACAGAUGAAAGAUGCAGGGAACAUUUUUAACUUUCUGUUUUUUCUUUUUCAAUCUCAUAUGAGAAAUGUGAGCUAGAAUAGUGUCAUCUGUUUGUGGUGUGUAUAUCUGUUGGUGUAUAUCUGUUGGUUACACUGGUGCAAGGCAGAGUCUUAGCUGUGAAUAAAAUACAUUAUAAGCAAAUUGUCAAUCACUUUAAUUGCUGGUGUUAUAAAAGCUCUGAUAGUAGUGUAUAUUAUAAUUUAUUUACAUAUUUUGUAAGUAUUAUUUCUUAUAAAGCCUGUAGUGUGCCACCUGUGUGUACUUAUUCCUGUGACACACGUGAGCCUCAUUACGUGAGAAGUGAUGCAGGUACAACUAGCUGUUGUUAGUUAGUAUGACCAAAUUUAGUGAAAUGUGUUUCUUCAGGUUUAUGUUUGCAAAUUCUUGUCUUGAUUUGUGAGUGACACAUUGAAAACAGGCCAUCUGUGAUGUGUACAAGCCUUAAUUCCCACCAUGCCUGCCUCCAUGGAUGAAACACCACUCUCCUACGUGGUCCGGGACACCGAGAAAAGAAUUAUCUACAGUGAGUGCUGAUAUGAAGAAUGAGGUCACAACAGAUGACGCACAUGUUCAUGAUACCUGCAGAGGCUGAAUGUUAUGGCUUUAGAACUCUUAGGUUUUUGUGUUUCACGCGCAAAUACUGAGUCAUUUUUGCCCUCGCUGUAAGAGCAUUUCUUUCCGUUUGAGCAUGUGAAAUGGUGCGUGGAUAGGAUUAAAGCGUAUGACUCAUACGGCUGCAACUUUCUCGAGUCCAUUUCUAAAUGAACUGUCGAAAGCUCUCUCUGUGGCUCCGUGACAGAAAAUGCACAUUAAGAUCUCGAGAGAUUUAUUGUGGAAUGGGUUUCACAUCCCAUCUUUCUCAUUUUGGUUUGUCAAUUGC